AUGCAUCCAGUCCUAAAGGCCUUCGUGUGUGGCUCCAUCAGUGGGACUUGCUCCACACUCCUCUUCCAACCCCUUGACCUGCUGAAAACACGCCUGCAAACUCUGCAGCCUGCUGUGAAUGGGUCUGGUCGUGCUGGGAUGGUAACGCUGCUCUUUAGGGUUGUUCGUACCGAGAGUCUUCUGGGGCUCUGGAAAGGUGUCUCUCCAUCCUUUGCAAGAUGUAUUCCUGGGGUUGGGAUUUACUUCAGCACUUUGUACAUGAUGAAGCAAAAGUUUCUAGUGGACCGUUCACCCACAGCCCUGGAGUCUGUCUUUCUGGGUGCCACCGCACGUGCAGUAUCUGGGAUUUGCAUGUUGCCAGUGACUGUAGUGAAGACCCGAUAUGAGAGUGGAAGAUUUGGAUAUGGGAGUGUAUAUGGAGCUCUGAAGGAUAUCUAUCAGACGGAAGGCGCUCGUGGCAUGUUCAGUGGGCUCACUGCAACGCUGCUGCGGGAUGCACCCUUCUCUGGGAUCUACCUGAUGUUCUACACGCAGACCAAAAACUUCACACCUCAGGACCAGCUGGAUCCAGUGGUCAUGCCCUUGCUGAAUUUUGGCUGUGGGAUCUUUGCGGGAAUCUUGGCCUCACUGGCAACACAGCCUGCUGAUGUCAUCAAAACACACAUGCAGCUGUCCCCCCAAAAGUACCGCAGGACAAGCCAGGCCAUUGCCUUCAUCUACAAGGACUUCGGGUUGGUCGGCUUUUUCCGAGGUGGUGUGCCCCGUGCCCUCAGGCGGACUCUGAUGGCAGCUAUGGCAUGGACGAUGUAUGAACAGAUGAUGGAAAAAAUGGGCUUGAAAUCUUGA